GACCUUUGGUCUCUUGGAAGGUGUUUUGGCUGUGCGUGCUGCCGGUACUCGUUACGGCCGUGUUCCUCUUCAGCAUCUUCGGCCCUUGGUAUGUGUCGAGCGGCCUCGGUGGCAUCAUUCUUCUUUACCUCGUCAUCGAGGUGACGAUCAUCCUCUUUUUCAAGAACCACUUCCAGCUCUGGGCGCUCCAGCGGCCCUGGAACCUCCUCGCUCGCCUCCUUUUGCCACCGGUAGAGAUCGUCGACAGUAUCUCAGCCGGCAACACGAACAAUGCGAUGAUCACCUAUCGCAACUGGGGCACCAACUUCUGCGCCUCCGGACAGGUCUGGCUGGGCAGCCACGCCGAUGUGACGAAGGCCGUGCAGAAUCCGCAGGGUCGAAGUUUCUGGCUGGGGGAGCACCCCUUGCUGCCCAGCUCCUUGCCCCAAGGGGAGUCCGGCCGCUGUGUCUUCCUGCUGAGCCUCUCAAGCAAGGCUGCCGGGGGCACCGGGGAUCACGAGGCCUUCCGGAAGUGCGUGGUGGACACCUUGUUGAACGAGGCCUCCGUGGCCAGGGAGUCCGAUGCGAUCUCCCAGCAACUUAUGGAGCAGUGUGCCGAGGACUUCAUGAAGCAGGAUGCCGGCUUCGAUUUCUACUACGGGGCUGACGGUGGCAACCAGGGCUUCUGGACGAAGUAUCUGCACCAUGUGCUCUUCGGGUUGGACAUUCAAGACAAGGAGGUGAUGAGCAGCCUGAAUGCCUUCUACACGGGACAGCUUGGCCUGAUGCACUAUCUGGACCCCAUGGGACAUUUCUUCUCACAACACGAAAAGAUUGCAAAGGUUGCCGACCUCUACGAGGCGUCACCCGCCUUCAGCAACUUCGAGGUCAAGACUGAGUACAACAACAUGACUGCCAAAGAGCUGGCCCUGCUGAUGUCAAGCAUCAUCCGAAUUGCUGGCGUUCAGGGCUCUCGCAUGUUGACCUGGUUCUGCACCUCGGGGGUCAAGUACGGCAAUCUUCAGAUCGAUGCCCGGACCGUUUGGGACUCCCUGGACCUGGAGGACGAGGACGAAGUCUUGAGGUACGUCCUCGAAGUCGCUCGCCUCUCCCCUCCCGUCACGGUCUCCCACCAUGUCGCCACGGAGCCCUUCAAAUGUGAGAUUGCCAGCCGGAGCUACAGCUUCCCCAAGGGCACCAAGGUCGCCAUCCCCUUGGUCUUUGCCAACAUCGAUCCCAAUGUCUGGGGGAAGGACGUCUGGGAGUUUAACCACAAAAGGCCAGGCCUAAAGGAGAACCACACCGGCUUCAACUCUGUAAAUGGCCUGGGGCCUCGCGAGUGUCCGGGCAAAGGCUUGGUUCUCAGGAGCAUGGUUCGCCUGCUGCAGGUCAUCGGAAAGAAGAAGAGGCAGCCAAGCACCAGUCCGCAAAGCGUUUGA